AGGUGAGCAAAAUAAUAAUUUUAAUAAUAACACGACACGACAUGAAGUCCGAAAACAUCGAAUAAGAAAAAUGCAAGACGCGAUGGUUCUCAGCAUAUUUUUGGCAUUUCAAAGCAUUUAUAAACUUUCUGGAGCUCGAUAAACUGCUUUGCCGAAGAAUUAUGUCUGUGUCUGGAGACAGCACUAGCAGCAGCAGCAGCAGCAGCAACAGUGAAGACAAAACUGAUGAGUCGACAGGUUUCCGAUCUCUCAUGGUGCAGCACAACAGCCGUUUCCACCCCAACCACGGCGCAAACGUGAAUCUCAUCGAGGAUGGAGUGGUCGCCAGAAGAGACAGCAGCUUUGCCAACGGCCUCACCUUCAGCGCUACACCUAUCCUGCCUGGAGAAUUGUUUCUUGUUGAAAUCGAACGCAACGAACGGGGCUGGAGUGGUUUUCUCAGGCUCGGACUGACUCAACUCAAUCCCGAUGGGUUGCAUCCCCUUCCCCAGUAUGCCCUUCCAGAUCUGACAAACAUGGGGCAAACUUGGGUCUACGGGAUCACCAAGUAUCGAAAUUAUGUUUACGAAGGGGAAGAUGCUCACGCUGAGAACUGGGAAAACGAAAAUGACAGACAACCGAACAGCCAGUCAUCAGUGUUAGGAGUUCGAGGCGACACCGUUUUUACAGCAAAAGGACCUGUGAAAAUGAGUAUGUUGUUGCCGUCUCCCGUGAUGUCCCGAGGCCCCUGUCCAACCGACGAGGGUUCUAGGGUUGGUCUAAUUUAUGUUCCUCGCACCCCUGAACUCGCUGACAUGCACUUUAUAAUCAACGGUGAAGAUCAGGGACCGUGCUGUAGGGAAAUUCCCUAUGGUGCCGGCCCUCUUUAUGCUGUGGUAGAUAUUUACGGAUCGACAAAGCAGGUUCGCCUGCUCCAACUCUAUCAGGGAGUGCCAAGUUUACUGAAUAUCUGCCGAGAAGUGAUAUUGCAAACGAUUUCAAACGUUUCCGUCAAUCGAUUGCCAAUACCAGCUGCCCUUAAGGAUUUUCUCCGCUAUAGGAUAUGAAAUGACACGACCGCACUCCUUUUAAAUACUGGAUUCAAUUUAUGCAUUUAUUUUUUUUACUUUUAAAGUAGUAGUUACAAACCACUUUCCUGUAAAUGUCCCUAAUUUUUAUACAAUGAAAUGUUAGCCUCAAUUAUUUUCAAUGGUUUAAAAUCAUGCUUCUGCAUCAUAUUUAAGCGUACAGAACUUGACAAGAUGUAUACAUUAAAAUAAUGAUAUUCGUAAGUAAUUAAUAUAUAAAUGUGUAAUAAAACUCUGUUACUAUGAGUUAUAAUUAUAUUUUGUU